AGUUGUUGGAUCCUGUUGUGGUGUUAGAAACUGCAGCUGAGCACCAGUUCAUCGUCUGAUCCACGCUCUCGACAUCGCUCGCAGACUGUGGAUGUCUCAGCAAUCAGCAGUUCCAAAGCCUUCACUCCAAGGAGUCCGCAUAAAAGCACGCAAAGGCCAAGUCAAAGCACACGCAAAGCACGAGCCAGCCAUCUUUAGAGACCAGCUCUAUAAACAUCUUGAAACAGUUCCAGAAAACGACUUUGACGGAUUCAGCGCUAAACUUGUUCAGGCUGGCGGUACGCUCGAAUAUCUUAAAUAUGCCGACGCCCUGUUCGAGAUCCUCCUCGUGGGCGGGCUCAUCCAGCCAGGUGGGUCAUAUCUUGAUGAUGGCGCGCCCAUGUCGCCAUUCUCCAUUUUCAACGCACGCAACCCGCCCGACCUCGUGGAGUUGAAGAAGUAUGUUGAUGUGUUCAACAAAUUGAAUAGAAGGUACAUGCGAUUAAACCCUUCGAGGAGCAGAGUCUCCCCACUCUGCCUGCAGUAUAUCGGCCGCUGGUCAUCUGAACAGCGUGACAAGCUUGCCAUGACAAUUGGUCUUCUCCUUUCGCAGGGCCUCGUGACCGCAGCUUGUCUCCAGAGUCUAACCAAGGAUCACCUCGUCAAGAACGAUCAAUCCAUCGACAUCCUUGCGCAUGUCUUUCGCGCAUAUCUCACCGACCAGUCGAUCGACCAUCUUGCUGCGACGCUCAAGCGCGGCAAUAUCAAAGAUCUACUCCUCUUCUUCCCUACCAACAAGAGGGACCCCAAGGUUCUUGAUGCAUUCUUCCGGGAGAAAAACCUCCCUACUGUUGCCGACUGGUACAUGAAGAAGCAAUAUGCGAUCGCGAAAGAUGCAAUCAUGAAUGAACUAAGGGAAGUGGUAGAACGCAGCGAUGACAGCGAGUCUAUCAUAUCCGCAAUCCAGACUAAACUGGAGGAGCAGCAACUCCCUGAGACGGAGCUUAUCCAGAGCAUCUGGCAGGGUCUCAUGGCCUCCGUAGACUGGAGUGCACGCCCAGACCAGAUCGAAGGCCUCGCACUACGUGAGGUCGGGAAAUUCGCCCCGGUUCUUGUGGCCUUCUGUAAAGGCCCUAAAACCGAGGUCGCAUUGAUCAAUAUCGUACAGGUCUACUUUGCACAGGUCUUAUACAAUAAGGACUGCGUGUCUGAUCAGGCGAUCAUCUACUGGUACCAAAAGGGGUCUAAGCCACAAGGAAGACAACACUUCCUGAAGGCUACCGAGGCGCUGGUCAAGUUCCUUCAGGAGCAGGAAGAAAGCGAAGAGGAAGAGGACGAAGAGUAACUUAUGGGCUGACAGAUUCUCGAACUAGAUGUCUAUUACCGUGUUGUUACAGUCGUUCAUCUUUUAUCCCUGUAUGUGCCAUAGGACAAUUCGCAUUUGCAAUG